AUGAUUCUUUCUUUCUUUCUUUCUUUCUUUCUAUUUUCUUUCUUUCUUUCAAUCGAUUAUUUCUUUAUUUAUUUCUUUCAAGCGAUUCUUUCUUUCUUUUUUUCGUUCUUUCAAGCGAUUUUCCUCCUUUCUUUCUUUCUUUCUUUCUUUCUUUCUUUCUUUCUUUCUAUUUUUCUUUAUUUCUUUCUUUCCUUCUUUCUUUCUUUCUUUCUUUCUUUCUUUCAAACGAUUCUUUAUUUUUUUCUUUCUUUCAAACAAUUCUUUCAGUCAUACUUUCAAGCGAUUCUUUCUUUCUUUCUUUCUUUCUUUCUUUCAAGCGAUUCUUUCUUUCUUUCUUUCAAGCGAUUCUUUCUUUCUUUUUUUCUUUCAAGCGAUUCUAUCUUUCUUUCUUUCUUUCUUUCUUUCAAGCGAUUCUUUCUUUCUUUCUUUCUUUCUUUCAAGCGAUUCUUUCUUUCUUACUCCCAAGCUACUAGUUUCUUUCUUUCUUUCUUUCUUCCUUUCUUUCUUUCUUUCUUUCUUUCUUUCUUUCUUUCUUUCUUUCGUUCAAGUCCUUAUUCUUUCUUUCAUUUCUUUUUUGAAGUUAUUCCUUCUUUUUUUACUUUCAAGCAACCUUUUCUUUCUUUAAGCGAUUCUUUCUUCCUUCCUCUCUUUCUUUCUUUCUUUCUUUCAAGCGAUUUUUCUUCCUUUCUUUCUUUUUGCUUUCUUUCAAGUGAUUCCUACUUUUUCCUUUCAAGUGAUUCUUUCUUUCUUUCUUUCUUUCUUUCUUUCUUUCAAGCGAUUUUCCCUUCCUUUCUUUCAAGCCAUUCUUUCUUUCUUUCUUUCUUUCUUUCUUUCUUUCUUUCUUUCUUUCUUUCUUUCUUUCAACCAUUCUUCCUUUCUUUCUUUUUUCUUAGACCGCCUCUUCUUACUUUAUAUUCGUUCUUUCUUUCUUUCUUUUGUAAAUUCCCCCUUCUUAAUUUAUAUUCUUUCUUUCUUUCUUUCUUUCUUUCUUUCUUUCUUUCUUUCUUUCUUUCUUUCUUUCUUUCAAGCAAUCCUUUCUUUUUUUUUUCUUUCUUUCCAGCAAUUUUUGUUUCUUUCUUUCUUUCAAUAAAAUCCAAUCCAUUUCUCUCUUUCUCCCUCUUUUCUUUCUCUCUCCCCCGUCUCUCUCUCUCUCUCUUUCUCCCUCUGUUCUCUCUUUUUCUCCUUCUGUUCUCUCUUUCGCUCUUUUCCCUUUUUUUAUCUCCCCACUCUAUUCUCUCUCUCUCACUCUUUCUACUUAUGUACCUCUCUCUCUUUCUCCCUUUCUCCCUUCAUUUAUCCCACUUCUCUCUCUGUUUUUCUCUCUUUUUUAUCUCUCUUCCUUUUUUCUCCCACUCUGUCUUUCUUUCACCCUCUCUCUUUCUCUGUGUCUCUAACGACUGGUUUGAGUUUUUUGUCAGACUUGGCUACACAUGA